AUGCUUCAGUCAACAUCGCGUCUCACCAGGAUCCUCGCACCCCGAAAUCCGAAGCCUCGCUGUCCAUUAUCAAGGCAUUACCUAAUAUCCACCUUCCAGAAACCCAUUUUCAACGCGCUGCGAGAUUUCACUGGCAGAAGUAUGAGUUCUUCAAGCGUAGUUCCCCACAGUGAAAUCACAAAGGAGCAGUUUGCGUCGUAUCUAAGUCAAUAUCCGAGCCUGGUUGAGGCGAUUCCCGCCAAAAAUGGUCAAAAGACGCUCUCUGAGCUGGACCAGUACCGCUAUGUAGAUGCGGUGGACACGUUUAACCUGAAGAAGCCCAAGCGCGAGAUGGACCUUGAUGAUGUCAAAUUGCUGGUAGAAUGGAAGCUACGACAUGGCAAAUUCCGCCCAACGCUCAUGUCCCUCGUCUCCUCCAACCCUCCCUCAGCCUCUCAAACAAUCCAGUUCGCCAUCAAAUUCUACUCGUCUUCCAAAGACAUCGGCAGCGGUGUCAGACUCCUAUCCGACCUCAAGGGCGUUGGCCCCGCCACGGCCUCGCUGCUCCUCUCUGUCCACGAUCCCGAGAGGGUCAUAUUCUUUUCCGACGAGGCCUUUUACUGGUUGUGCUGCGAGGGCAAGAAGGCGCCCAUCAAGUAUAACCCCAAAGAGUAUCUGGCCUUGCGUACCGAAGCGGAGGCUUUGGCCAACAGACUCGGCGUGUCGGCGAUGGAUAUCGAAAAGGUGGCGUAUGUUUUGAUGAAGAAGCAGGAGACGACGAAAGAUUCAAAGGCAGUUACUGGAGCUAAAACCAAGGCACCGGUCAAGGAGUCGGCUUCCACCUCGUCGUCGGCGAAGAAGAGAAAGACGGCUUCCGUUGAAGAGAGUGAAAAGAAGCAGAAAAGAUCAGACGAGAAAGUCGUGAAGAAGGAUAUGGCGGAGGGUAAUGCAUCUUUGAGGAGGUCAAAGAGAUUGAGAAAGUGA